AUGGAAGAACACGAUUCUGAGUCUGCAUUUGGAACCCAGGAUUCCAGGAGCACACUCCGGCAUGAGAUUUCCAUUCCUUCCCAUUCCUGGUCCUUGGAGAUGUUGUUACGCAAAUUGAAGGCCACAGAGCUCAAGAGGGAUGACAAGCUGGCCAGUCUUCUGGAUGCUGUGGGGGAGUUCGGCACAUUCCAGUGGAGGCUGGUGGCCCUCACCUUGAUCCCCUAUGGCCUGCUGUCCUUCUUCAUGUUCUCAGAUAGCUUCGUGCUCACCGCCCAGAAACCCUACUGUAACACCAGCUGGAUCCUGAAAGUGGGUCCCAACCUCUCAGUGGCUGAGCAGAUGAACCUGACCCUGCCUCGAGCACCCGAUGGCAGUUUCCAGACCUGCCUCAUGUAUGUACCAGUGUCGUGGGAUCUCGAUUCUAUCAUCCAUUUUGGCCUCAAUUAUACAGAAACAUGCAGAUAUGGAUGGAUCUACCCUUAUGCUGAGAAGCGCUCCCUGAUCAAUGAGUUUGACCUGGUGUGUGGCAAUGAACCAAACAAGGAGAACAUGCAGACUGUGUUUAUGGCGGGCUUCUUGACAGGGUCUCUCUUCUUUGGGUUCUUAUGUGACAAGAUAGGCCGCUAUCCCGUCUUCCUGAUGUCACUGGCAGGCUUCCUCUUCUUUGGCUUCGGAACAGCCUUUGUGAAAAGUUUUAACCAGUAUCUGUUCUUCCGCUUCACUGCAGCCCAGGCAGGUGUGGGCUACGCCAUCAGCAGUGCGUCUUUAGUCAUGGAGUGGCUUGUGGGCGAGCACCGGGCCCAUGCGAUCAUCCUGCAGCACUGCUUCCUGGGAUUAGGGAUCAUUUUCCUGUCAGGAGUUGCCACCAGGGCUUUCCACUGGAGGCUCGUGUUCCUGAUGGCUGGUGCGCCCAUGUUUCCCAUCGUCUCCAAUAUCUGGUUUGUCCGAGAAUCCCCACAGUGGCUGAUGAUCAAAGGGAAGGUGGACGAGGCCAAAAAGGUUCUGUGUUACGCAGCUGAGGUGAACAAGAAGACCAUCCCUUUAAAUCUACUGAAUGAGCUGCAGCUGCCGGCAAAGAAGGUGAAGAAGGUCUCCAUCCUGGACUUCCAUACCAAUCAGCAGCUUUUCAUGGUGGUCUUGACCAUGGCCUGUGUGUGGUUUUCCAUCAGUUACAGCUAUUUCACACUGAACCUCAAGUUGAAGGAUUGUGAGAUAGAGACCUACCUCAUACAAAUAAUCCCAGGCAUUCUGGAAGUGCCAGCACGGCUGUAUUGCAUUGUUCUAUUGGAGAAUUUUGGGAGAAAGUGUACCCUCUUCGUGAACCUCAUUCUGGCUACCAUCUCGUGUUUCUUCCUCCUUUUCCUUACUCAAGAGCUGAAGUCGACGACAAACUUGAUGCUUGUGCUUGGACAGUUUAACAUGGCAGCCAGUGUCACUGUGUUCUUCAUCUACACCUGUGAGCUCCUCCCCACUGCCCUCAGGUCUACAGGUCUGGGAAUGGUGUCUCUAUCCUUCUCAGCUGGAGCCAUCACAGCUCUGGCUGUCUUCCACAAUAUCAAAACACAGCUGCAUGUUUUCUUCUGCUGUCUCUCUUGCAUUGUGGCCUUGUGCUUCUCCUCCUUCGUGCCAGAAACAGGAAACCAGCCUUUCUGUGAUAGCAUGGACUACCGUUCAAGAGAGUCUAUUGACUCCAAGAGGAAAAGCCAGGAUGUCACUGCAAUGAUGCUAUCUGAGGAGUCAAUGUCUGACAUCUCGAUUGACGAAGUGGCAAAAAAUACCAUUCUCAAUGUCCUGCCGCUAAAAUCAGAAGCAAGCGGCUUCUCUGACACCGACUUGAAGGAACCCAGCAACACGAUUAACAAAGUGGCAAAGAUUACCAUUCUAAACACAAUGCCUCUAAAAUCAGAGACAAGUGGGUUCUCCAACACCGACUUGAAGGAACCCAGCAAUGGGGAGGAACCCAGUCCAGAGCCCUGA